AUGUUCGAUUUCGCAGCCACUGCUCAACAACAGUAUCUCUAUCAAUCGGCUUAUAAUCCGUGGGCCUAUCAGGCAUAUGGAUUUCAGUACCAGCCAAUGUACACGGGAGCCACUGUUACGGAUGCUAUGGGAUUUAAAGAUGUAACAAUUCCAUCGUCAAACCGUUCAUCAACUGCGACGACACCAAACGCAUCAAUGGCAACACUGUCAUGGGCAAUGGCAUCGGAAGGGAAAAAGAAGAGACAACCAUACAAAAAAGAUCAAAUUUCAAGACUGGAAUAUGAAUAUAAGAUAAAUCCAUAUCUGACGAAUAAACGACGAUCGGAAUUGUCACUUCAAUUGAUGCUGGAUGAGAAGCAGGUUAAAGUAUGGUUCCAGAAUCGUCGAAUGAAGGACAAAAAACUGCGACAACGCGUUUCGGGACCAUUUCCACAUGGAGAACUGAUGAUUCCGUGCAACGAGCGAUUGAUCAAUUAG